CUUGUGGACCCUGCAUCCUCGUUUAGUACACUCACAUCAACAGUUCCGCAGACGAUGCCCCUUUAAAAAAGGUUGAAUAAAUAGUGGAGCGCCAUCUCCUGGUGUGUUUUAUUACGUGUCUCUGGUUUCUUUCCUCUUUCUGUCUCUUGUUUUGAAUAACCGGUGCGUAUAGAGAAUGCGGCUGCUGAGCUCUGCAGCUUGGCGACAGCGCACCUUGUCAACAGUGAGAACCUGCGUAAAAUGUCCGUCAAACAAAGACGCGUCGACAUCUGAGUGUCAUUUAGCAGGACUAUCAUGACGAUUAAAGGGGCAGACAGCCCGAAAGCUCGCCAUGGCCCCGUGCGCGCUUUACCGCAGUGGAUGCGGAUGUAUUUCUAUGGAAUGCACGGCAUCACUUUGGACAUUCUGUCGUCGUCUGCGCGCAGGUUUCUAGACGGCAACGAUUUCACACUGCUGGGUUUCUCCUCGCCUUAUCUGUGCAUCGUUCACUCAAUUACGCAUCUGCUUUUGGAGAAGAUCUACCUGCAGAAGAGAUGCUUCCGAGGGCGACCCGUCAUCUUCCAUCUCGUCUUUUAUCCAUCCCUGUACAUUUGCUUGCAGAUUUUGAUUGGGAAUGUGGUGACCUGUACGGACAACCUGAGGGUGGUGUCCGUCACCCAGCUCGUUGUGCAUUACGUCCUUGCGUUAUACUUCACAAAUGUCUUUCAUAAAGGCUUCGUGCGACUGCAGUAUCACAAUCGGGUGUCAUUGCGCCCGCGCCCGAAUGGCUUAUCUGAUGUCGUGCGCUUCAUGUUCUUCGGCAUGCACGGAUUUCUGGACGAGGUUGUGUUCACCUCUGUGUUUAACCUGUUUGAGAAAGCAGACGGUGCCCUUAUGGGACAUACAUCCUUGUGGUCGUUUUUCAUGUAUGGAAGUUGCAGCUUUGUCGUGGAGAAGCUUUACAUGCACCUGCACUUCAGACGGGGUUGGGGAACCUGGCGCCGGCUGCCCAUCUACAUCUGCUUCAUUUACGCAUGGGAGUUCAGUUGGGGCCUCGCGCUCAGACAGUGCGGCGCGUGCUCGUGGGAUUACUCGCACUAUCCUCUUAAUUUCAUGGGUCUGGUGACUUUGCUGUAUCUACCUGGAUGGGUUUGUUUGAGUUUGUAUCAGGACGUCUUGUCAAACGUUCUGCUGAGGGUUGUGUGUAAUGAUAAGGAUGAGGAGGAGAUGAAGGAAUGUGGUGCCGAUGGGCAAAUGGUGACAAAAUGCAAACCUGAGGCAGACAGAAUGUGUUUAUCAUAAUAUAUAAAUUUCUUGAGCAAAACAAGCACUAUGUGUGGCAUCACUGAAGCAAUUUUUGCAGUCCAAAGAAUUUCAGAAAUGUUUAAAUAACAACAGGGCUUGUUGUCACACGAGUCACGACUGAUAAAUAUCUACAAAAUCAAGCAAAGAGGAAACAUUUGACAUUUGCAACAUUUGCCUUUGAACUUUAGACAUAAAUGUGUAGUGUUACAACAAGCCCCAUUCUCCCUUGCUUCAUUCAGCGGCCACAUAUUUUCGGGCUACAUGAUCAGAUUUUUAAAUCAUAUAUUAAAAUUUUAUCCCCAAACAUUUGGUGUGACAUACAGGGAUGCACAAGGACUUUAAACAGUGCCAUGUUACAUACGUUCUCAGAGAAAAUCAGAGUUCUCAGGAGAAUAUCAGUACCAGCGUAAAAACUCAUCAGAGAAACGUUUCAAGUUUACAAGUGUAGCUGCAUUAGCAAUCUUUAAUCUAAUGUGUGCAGUAUCAAGAGCUAUUCUGAAGACAGACUGAACUGUCAUUUGACAAAUGGCAGUAUUUUUAAAGCAAUUCACACAAAUGACUGCUGAGUAUAGAAAAUCUGGAUGAUUGUUGUAUUGCAUGCAUUGUAACUGCAUGACUCAGGAUUUUGCAUGUUGAAACUGCAGCACUCAGAUGUGGCCCAUCUGAAUGCUCAUCAUAAUCUGUAGCGACUGAGAGAUAAACUAUGAAAACUCUUCACGAAGCAAUUCUGAGAGUUUUAAACAUGAAAUGAGCGAGUGCCUUUAUAACACAUCAGGGCAGCUGGGCUUCUGUAAUCUGAAACUCUUUUUUUAUCUGUAUCUGUAUGGAAACAUGUUCAGGCAUAAUUUUUGAACAAAAGAAAGCUCAGUAUGCAGCAUUUUAUUAAUAUUCACAAAGAAGUCUUACUCUGGCAGCUAAAGUAAAUGACUUUAUUGGCGAGCGCUUAUAAACAACAAUAGAUUUUGUUCUGCUUAAAGGAAAACACCACAGUUUUUCAAUUAAUUAAAAUGUUCUUACCUCAACUUACACAAAUUAAUACAUACCUAUCUUUUUCAAUGUGUGGACUUUUAAUCUUUGUACAGCACCUCGUGAAUGUGUUAGCAUUUAGCCUAGCUCCAUUCUAUGGCUUCAAACAGGGAUGAAUUUAGAAGCCACCAAACACUUACAUGUUUUUCCUUUUUAAAGACUUUUACAUGAGUAGUUACACGAGUAAGUAUGGUGGCACAAAAAAAUUGUUUGGAGCCAUAGGAAUGAAUGGGGCUAGGCUAAAUGCUAACACAUUCAAGAAGCGCUGUACAAA